AUGAGCGACGAAGAAAAAUCGGAACGCAAAUCAAAAAUUUCUGUAAAAUAUGAUGAACACAUAAGCGAAGACGAGCCGAAACGAAAAUCAAAACUUAUAUCCAAUGACAAAAAGCCAAAAAGAAAAUCAAAAGUUUCUACAGAAUACGAUGAAUACGAAAGCGAAGACGAUGUGCCUAAAAGGAAAUCAAAAGUUUCUUCGGAAUAUAAUGACUUUAUAAGUGACGAUGAGAAGUCAAGACGAAAAUCAAAAGUUACAACAAGGUAUAAUGAUUUCAAAAUUAAUUCAGAAAAACGGGAAUUACAUAGAACAAAAUUCCGUGAACGUGAUGAAGGAAUUUCCCGAGAAAGUUUUGGGAAAAUCAAACUGCCCAGAUCCAAUGCUGAAGAAAGAGGCAGAUUAAAUUAUCGUAAUUUUGAUUCUCGGUCAAGCUUUGCCACAAAAAAACAGUCCAGCGCCAAAUCUGAAGAAAGAGAUAGUUACCAAUUUUCGAAGAUCAGCUCAAAUUCGUGGGAACGAAGUGGUGGUAGCAAUUUAAAUUAUCGUGAUGUCUCAGUAAAAAUGAUUGUAGAACCGAUUUUAAUGAUAGACCUAAACGAGCUUUUUAAGACGCAGCUAAUUUUUCUUUUGAUUUAUAAAUUAUUUUGA